UAAAAAACCCUUCACACAUUUCCACUAUCACCAAGCAACUGAUCAUCAUCAAUCUCCGUAAUACAUUCUCCUUAUCUUUGCCUCCACAUUAAUCUAAGUCGAUAUGGCUUUCCAUAGCCGAGCAUUUCUCGGUUUUGUUGUCUUCUUGUCAAUCUAUCUAGUAGUACAUCAUGCUACCGUUGAAGCACGAAACAUCCCGGCCGAUGCCAAGCUGCAGCCCGAGUGGUUUGGACAUUUCGAUCGAUCAGUGUUGAUUCCAGGCAUCGGCCGAGUGAUGUUACCUCCAAAAGGGUCCCACUUCAACUUCAACUACGACCCCAUCACAGGUGCCCCAAAUGGAAACGGUGUUUCGAUCCCCGGAGUUGGUGGUGGUGAUCCGGCAGGGGGUGGAAGCCCCCGCAGCUAUGUUCCUGGCGGUGACGACACGCUUUUGCCCAACCCCGGAGUGGAAGUGCCAAACCCUAAUGGUGGCAGCAGGGUUCCUACACCAUCCGGCAAUUGAGUUUGCUUAGGUUUAAUUUUUCAAGUCAAAUAACAACUAUGGUGGAAAUUGUGUGCUUUCUUAAAUUUUCAGUCUUUGAGAUGCCAUUUUUAUGUUUCAGUAUCUGCUAUUCUAGUUGUACCUUGUUUGCUAUCAAUAAAGAAAAUCUAGCUUUUUUGCAACCUUUGAAU